AUGUUUCCUACAAAAAGGGCUUUAUCACUCAUAAUAGCUCACCGUUUUACUCAGAAUGUUACUACCGUCCAGUGUGCUUCAGUAAAAUUUGUCUGCUAUACUUCCUCAGCUCGUCAACGGAAUUUUGUCUUUAGCAAUCAAAAAAGUGCGUUUCAUUCUAGUAAUGUUAGGAGCAAGCGCGAUUACUACGAAAUUUUGGGUCUGAAAAAAGGAGCAUCAGCAAAGGAUAUCAAAAAAGCUUAUUACAAGUUGGCUAAACAGUACCAUCCUGAUGUCAAUAAAAAUAAAGAUGCCAAUGCACGAUUUCAGGAAGUAUCUGAGGCUUACGAAGUGCUUAGUGAUGAUCAAAAGCGUGCGCAGUAUGAUCAGUUUGGUACAGAUCCAUUCCAUCAGCGUCAAGCUGCCGGAGCAACAAGUUUUAACUCUGGAGGCUGGCAGUACCAGUCAACAAUUGAUCCUGAAGAAUUAUUCAGGAAAAUGUUUGGUGGUCGAAGUCCAUUCUCGGAUUUUGCGAGUAGUUUUGGAGAUUUUGCGGAUUCAGGAGAUGGUUUUGAAGCAUCCGAACAGCGUGUUUUAAACAUAACAUUCGAAGAAGCAGCUCGAGGAGCUCAAAAAACUAUGGAUGUGAAUGUUGUUGAUGACUGUCCAGCAUGUUCAGGAAAAGGAGUUCAGCCAGGUUUUAAGAAAGUUUCUUGUCCUUAUUGUAAUGGAACAGGAUUCGUUACGCAGCAAAUGGGAGGAUUUUACAUGCAGUCAACAUGCGGACGCUGUCGGGGAUCAGGCUCGUAUAACAAAAAUCCUUGUUUGAAUUGUGAAGGCCAUGGCAGGACAGUUCAGUCUCGUAAAAUUACGAUCACUGUCCCUGCUGGAAUAAAUGAUGGCGAAACUGUUCGUAUGCCUGUAGGAAAAUCAACGAUUUUUAUUACCUUCAAAGUAGCUCCUUCAUCACGAUUCUCUCGCGACAAGCAUGAUAUUUAUUGUGAUGUAGAAAUAUCCGUCGCUCAAGCAAUUCUUGGAGGCACAGUAAAGGUAUAUUUUUUCCUACAUAAUUCAUUGUUGAGGAAACCCAUUGUAAACUGUUUUAUGAGUAAAUAUGUGGUACAAAUUUCUAGAUGA